AUGGCGGAAAGUACAACUCCAAAGCGACGGAUAUACCUCAAUGGCUUCGACAUGUUCACAGUAGGCCACCUUUCCUUCGGUCAAUGGAGAAACCCAUGCGACCGCUCAGCAACUAAGCGACGAGACUUGUCGUAUUGGACCGAUUUGGCCAAGAUCCUGGAAAAGGGCGAUUUCAAUGCGCUGUUUCUAGCCGACACCUUCGGUCUGUAUGACACCUACAAGGGCACUGCAGAGCCCGCGAUCCGAAACGCCGCCCAGUACCCUAUGGGUGACCCUGCGAUACCAAUCUCUGCUAUGGCAUCGGUGACCAAGAACCUUGGAUUUGCGAUCACAACCUCAACCUCAUACGAAGCUCCAUACGUUGUCGCAAAGAGAUUUUCGACACUGGACCAUCUGACUGGGGGCCGAUUCGGGUGGAACAUUGUGACAUCCUGGAAGCAAUCGGCCGCAAAAGCUGUGGGCUUGCCCCUGGUAGACCACGACAAGCGGUACGAGAUUGCCGAUGAGUACCUGACAGCUCUAUACAAGUUGUGGGAGGGCAGUUGGGCCGACGAUGCUCUUCAAGAAGAUGCCACAACAGGCGUGUAUGCUGACCCGAGUCGAAUCAAGUAUAUCCACCACCAGGGCGAGCAUUUCCAGUUCGAUGGUCCCCAUAUUCUAGAUCCGUCUCCACAGCGGACUCCAUUCCUCUUUCAGGCUGGCACCUCUCCUGCAGGAGUAUCCUUCGGCGCCAAACACGCAGAAGGCAUCUUCGUAUCAGCCCCAUCACCCCACAUCCUCGCCCCACGCAUCCGUGCAAUCCGCGAAGAAGCAGCGAAAAAUGGUCGGGAUCCCCGAUCUGUGAAGGUAUUCGCUAUUCUCACGCCGAUAGUGGGGCGCACCGAAGAGGAAGCGCAAGCCAAGUACCGCGAAGCACUGGCGAAUGCAAGCGAGGAAGCUGGCCUGGCCUUCUUCUCCGGGGGAAGUGGAAUUGACCUUAGUCGAUUUGACUUGGACACACCGAUCAAGCCGACAGAUGUGCAUGUUGAUGCUCGGGUUCAUUCCACGAUCAAUACGCUCAGUUACCAGAGUCCUGAUGUCCCGGAAUGGACGCCAAGGAACAUUGGCAAGCACAUUUCAAUUGGUGGGGCUGGGCCGGUUCCUGUUGGAUCCGCGAGUGCUGUCGCGGACUUUUUGGAGGAAUGGGUCCGUGUGGCGGACUUGGAUGGAUUCAAUAUUGGCUAUGUUCAGACACCGGGGACCUUUGAGGAUGUUGUUGAGCUUCUCGUGCCCGAGCUGAGAAAGAGGGGCGUGUAUGCGCCCCUGAAUGAGAGUGGUACAAUGCGCGAGAGAGUCUACGGCGCCGGUCAGAAGCGUUUGAGGGAUGACCAUUUCGGAAAGAGGUACGGAUAUGAGGUGUACGAUGGGCAGUAA